UGCAGAUAUUGAAUGGCAAGCAGCAUAGCACAGUGUCUCACUGUCACCUUCCUCCUUGGGCCUGGAGACCGUCUUACUGCUCACUUCAGGUUUUGGGAUGGAGCCCUUGGGGACAUCCACCGUUCUGCUGGUCAUCUGCAUCUCCUGCCUCCUCCUUUCCGCCUUCUGGAAGAGCCAGGCCAACAAGAGGAAAAUGCCCCCUGGACCGACACCAUUGCCCAUCAUUGGGAAUGCUCUGCAGCUCAAGACCAACCACUUGGACCUGACUCUUUGCAAGCUCAGCAAGAGCUAUGGCCCCAUCUUCACCCUUUAUUUUGGACCGAGGCCUGUUGUGGUGCUCCAUGGCUACGGGGCAGUGAAGGAAGCCCUGAUCGAACGGGCUGAUGAGUUUGCAGCCCGAGGGAGAAUGCCAUCGAUGGAGAAAUACUUUCAGGGCAAAGGGAUCAUAUUCAGCAAUGGAGAGACGUGGAAGCAGCUCCGGCGCUUUGCCUUGACCACCCUCCGUAACUUUGGGAUGGGGAAGAAGAGCAUCGAGGAGAGGAUCCAAGAAGAAGCCCAGUAUCUCCUGGAGCAGCUACAGGGCACAAAAGAGGAGCCCUUCGACCCCACUUUCCUGCUCAACUGUGCUACUUCCAACAUCAUCUGCUCUGUUGUCUUUGCAAAGCACUAUGACUAUGAUGAUAAGAAGUUUCUCGCCAUCAUGGCCUUAAUGCAUGAAAACUUUGAGAUCCUCAACUCCCCUUGGGGCCAGCUGGCCAACCUUUUCCCUUCCUUCAUGGACCUCAUCCCUGGGCCUCAUCACAGAGUGGGGACAAACUUCAAAAAAGCCAAAGUGUUUGUUAUGGAGGAAAUGGAGGCCCACAGGGAGACCCUGGACCCCAGCUCCCCUCGGGACUUCAUUGACUGCUUCUAUAUCAAAAUGGACCAGGAAAAGAACACUGAGGCAUCUGAGUUCACCAUUGAGAACUUGCUAAUGUCUGCCAUUAACUUGUUUGGGGCAGGGACUGAAACAACCAGCACCACGCUCAGAUAUGGGCUCUUGAUCCUCCAGAAGUACCCAGAGAUAGAAGAGAAAGUGCAAGAGGAGAUUGACAGGGUGGUUGGCCGCUCACGAGCUCCUUGCAUGUCUGACCGCGGGCAGAUGCCCUACACGGAUGCCGUCAUCCAUGAGAUCCAGAGGUUCAUCUCUCUCAUCCCAUUGAGUCUUCCCCAUUCAGUGAACAAAGACACAGUGUUCAGAGGAUACACCAUCCCCAAGGACACCACAGUGUUUCCUCUUUUGACCUCGGUGCUGCAUGAUGACAAGGAGUUUCCCAACCCCAGAGAGUUUGACCCACAACAUUUCCUGAACAAGGAUGGGACCUUCAGGAAGAGCGACUACUUCGUGCCCUUUUCUGCAGGUAAAAAGGCACUGCAAGUCUUGGGGAAGCGGAUUUGCGCAGGAGAAGGCCUGGCCCGCAUGGAGCUCUUCUUGUUCUUGGCCUCCAUCCUCCAGAACUUCAAGCUGAAGCCCCUCACAGACCCCCAGGACAUCGACAUCAAGCCCCACCUCAGCAGCAUUGGCAACGUCCCCCCGCCCUAUCGGCUCUGUGUUGUGCCCCGAUGAAAGGUCUCCAUUCACAGGAGGAACCAACUUCUGCUUCUGUUUUAAGAAAUAUGACAAUUCAGUGUUGGGAGCGAAGAAGUUUCAAGACCUGUCUAAAGAGCAAUGCGGGACAUCUCUUGUUUUUCCCUCUGUUCCCUAAAGCUGUGUAUCUCAAGGUGUUUUGCAUUCUGUCUGAAUGGAGAUGUCUCGUCGUCCUCCUCCUUCCUCUUUCUCUUCCUCCUCCUCCUCCUCCUCUUCUUCUUCUUCUCCUUCUCUUUCUUUUCUUCUUCUUCCUCCUCCUCCUCCUCCUCCUUCCCAGAAGCCCUUGGUGCUUUAUAACCUUUUGUUUGAGAAGGUAGCUCCAUGAGGCUUCUCUGGCGCAAAAUUCCUGGCACAUAGAUAUAAGAAUCAGCAUUAGGGACUCUUGUAUCAAAGCGAGGUUGCUUCCUUUUGCUUAUCUGCUCCUUUACCUGAGAUAUAUUACUUGCAACAAUAAAGGAAAGUUUUAUCCUUGUGUAA